AUGGGAAGUGACAUGUUUGCUCUUCAGGCAGAAGUCGUAGUCUUAUCAAGCAAAAAGCAUGUGGAGAAAAUUGAGAAGUGUUUGGAGGAAGGGGCAGAGGAAUUUAUAGUUAAGCCUGUAAAACUGUCAGUUGUAAAACGGUUGAAAGAUUGUAUAAUAAGAGGAGAAACAGAAGAAAAAGAAGGGAGAAGAGUCCACAAAAGAAAGUAUGAAAAUGAUAGUCAUUUCCCAUCAUCGCCAUCAUUAACACCAUCAUCACCGUCAUCACCACUACUACCCCCACCUUUGACUGCAGCCCCAUUGGCUUGUGAUCUAGCAACCUCAGAACUACUAUCAUCACCUCUGCAUUCAUCGAAGAGGACUAAAUUGUGCAACAGUGUCUAGUUCCCCUCUCAUCCUCUAUUCUUUCAUUUUUCAGUGGUAAAUUUUUUUUGUCAAUUUUUGUCUAUAUCCUCAUAGUUUCCCCAAUAUGGGUCACUAGGUGAAAUCCCAUGAAGGCCACUUCCAUGGCAUGUUAUCAUAUCAUGUCUGAUCCCUGUUUGAAAGAGUUGGAUAUUGAGCAAGCCUCAACUGCCUGUAGGUGCCACUUUACUGCAAAAUGCCGACCACCUAGUGAGGUUGUCCAAAGUCUUCCUGCCAAGAUUUAAAGAAUCCAAGGAGUAGUUAAAUGGUUUGGUUAAAAUGCCCUCAACGGCACAAACAGCAUUGGAUAAUUGCCCCUAUAGCAUUUCGCCCUUUAUAUUUUUGAGACUACAACAUCAUUAUUUCACUUUCUAAAUAAGGUCACAGUCCAUAAAUGCUUCAACUUCUGCAAUGAAAACCAUAAAUAAGAUGAUGGUCCCACACUUAUUUACUUUGAUUUGGAUGUAUAGUGAAUUUAAACUACUAUUAAUCAGUGUGCGAGGAUCCAAAGUAUCAAACCUUUGUUGAAUAUAAAAUACUAAAAUGGGAAACAAAAUGGACAAGAAAAGAGGAGAAAACUGCAAUUCAUGCAUUAA